CGGUCAGGUUGCGAUCUGUCACCGCGGUAAACUCAGCUGCAGGCGAUUGAGUUACUAUAAAAACGGCUGCGGGUCACCAAGUGUCACAGUCCAAUUAAGAUACUCAACAAUGGCAGCUAAGUUGAUGAUCGUAUUCGGUUUGGUGGCGGCGGCGGCGGCCGUGCCGCUGGUGCCGGUGGAGCCCGAGGCGCCGGCGCACUACGAGUACUCCUACUCCGUGCAGGACUCGCACUCCGGCGACGUGAAGCAGCAGCAGGAGAGCCGCCAGGGCGACGCCGUGCACGGCUCCUACUCGCUGCUGCAGCCCGACGGCGUGCAGCGCAUCGUGGAGUACAGCGCCGACGAGCACAGCGGCUUCGUCGCCAACGUGCGCUACGAGGGACACCCGCAGCAGCCCGCCAAGAUCGCCCUCGCCCCCGUCGCCAAGGUCGCCUACGCCGCCCCUGUCGCUAAGAUCGCCUACGCCGCUCCCGUCGCCAAGAUCGCCUACGCCGCUCCCGUCGCCAAGGUGGCGUACUCCGCCCCCGUGCACUACUUGAUGAUCGUAUUCGGUUUGGUGGCGGCGGCGGCGGCCGUGCCGCUGGUGCCGGUGGAGCCCGAGGCGCCGGCGCACUACGAGUACUCCUACUCCGUGCAGGACUCGCACUCCGGCGACGUGAAGCAGCAGCAGGAGAGCCGCCAGGGCGACGCCGUGCACGGCUCCUACUCGCUGCUGCAGCCCGACGGCGUGCAGCGCAUCGUGGAAUACAGCGCCGACGAGCACAGCGGCUUCGUCGCCAACGUGCGCUACGAGGGACACCCGCAGCAGCCCGCCAAGAUCGCCCUCGCCCCCGUCGCCAAGGUCGCCUACGCCGCCCCUGUCGCUAAGAUCGCCUACGCCGCUCCCGUCGCAAAGAUCGCCUACGCUGCUCCCGUCGCCAAGGUGGCGUACUCCGCCCCCGUGCACUACGCGCCCGCCCCGCAGUACUACGCCGCCCCCGCCCCGCAGUACUACGCCGCCCCCGCCAAGCUGGUGGCGCCCGUCGCCAAGCUGGCGUACGCUCAGCCCGCCGCCGCCCACUUCACCUUCUCCUCUCCCGCCGUCUCCUACCACCACUGAGUCCGGACUGCUCCGUCUGGAUCCCGAUGACAUACCAAUGUUGAUAUUUAUUUAAAUGUUAGUAGGAUAAAUAAUAAAUUAUUUUACAAUUUAAAAUAUA